AUGAAAAUGGUGACUAAGUUGGCCGUGAAGAAUCUGGAGACACUUGCGGUGAGACGAGAAGGUUGUCUUGCAUCAAGUUCGAUCUCAGCAGCUCUGCGAGACGGUGGAUUGGCUGAUAGGGGAUUGGGAAUACUUUCUGCAAUUCUAAGCUUUGGGGGAAUUUCCACUAGAGUUGAUGAAAAUGAUCCAUCAUGUGUAGCAGAGUGCAUACGUUUUGAUAUCGUCAGCCGUGAGAAGUUCUAUUAUAACCCUUCUAGAGUUCGGGAUGUAUAUGUAUUAUUGGAUCAAAUUUUAGAAAUUGAAAAUGAGUACAAACAAGGUAUAGAGGUAGAUCCUUCAAUUUCGAAAGGUCAUUUAGAACAAGGAGAAUCCAAGAAAAGUUGGGAAGGAAAUGCAACAGAAGAAGUAUGCGACAAAAGGAUACAACAGGAGCGAAUGUCUAAGGCUAGCUCGGAGGCAAAGGCUGAAACUAUCGAAGGGAAGCUCUAG